GUACCAUCAAGCAUCACUCUAAGCAUUUCCGAGAUACAAACAACAACCUCUCAACUUUCUCAACACUUCCAAACCAACAAACAGCAAGAUGGGUCUUAUGUGGCACAAGGGAUUCGGUGGUCGCCAUGCCGGCGGCGGUGUUGUUGCUGACAGGCACGGUGUCCGACGGGCUCCUUUCCGCCUGUCCUGCGGACGCUUCAGCUGCUUCCGCUAGAGCAUGAAUACCUGAUACCCUCUCUUUACGAGUCACGACUUUCCAACCUCAUACCACACCAACAUUAUCUUGCGAUGGCGUUGUUCGGGACCUUUUGUCGGGAAGCAUAGCUGGCAUUGUUUGUACUUUAUGGACAAUCAAACCUGUCGAUUAGCUUGAUACCACAUCAUACCCACAAUAGUAAUACCACUGAUUUUCCAAUGAAA